GCAGACGCCUCGCGCGCCAGUUUCUAAGUUUCAUUUCCAGCGGUGGCCGCCGGUUCUCCUGUCCGCCACCUUUCCGCUAAGUCAGCUCUUCCUUCUUGGGAGACAUGGCUCCUCGACGCCGAAAGACGGAGCAGACAGCACCCCAGGCCCGAGACCCCUCCCCCGGAGGUCCGGGGCCGGUUCCGGAGGCAACCCGGGCCAAGCCCAGCAGGUCUCGGGCCGCACCCCUGGCCACCCCGGCUCGCGUGGGACAGUGCGGUCUACCCACGCGGCCGCCACGGGCGCAGAGGAGGGCUGUCCGGGACACCCGCGAGCAGGAGGAGGACCCCCCGGAGGAGGAGGACCCCCCGGAGGAGGAGGAGAAACCCCGGGAGGAGCGCCCGACCCACAAGCCCACAGCCCGCGGUGCCCGGGCUUCCUUACGCGACACUCCCGCCCGGCAGCUCCGCGAAGUGCUGACCCAGCUGCGCCUGAGGCUAGAGGAGAAAUCGGUGGCGGCCACCGCGGUGAACCUAUUAGUGAACCGGCUGCAGCGGGCCCUGCAGCCCACCGAGCUCCGUUGUUCGUCAAAGCUGGGCUCUGGGAGCUACUACGAACGCGUGAAGAUUUCUGCACCUAACGAAUUUGAUGUCAUGUUUAUACUGGAAGUCCCCAGAAUUGAGCUAGUGGAAUAUUCUAACAGUGGUGCCUAUUACUUUGUGAAAUUCAAAAGAAAUCCCAAAGAAAAUCCUCUGAAUAGGUUUGUAGAAAAUGAAUUAUUAUCAGCUUCUAAGAUGCUGUUGAAGUUUAGAGAAAUUAUUAAGGAAGAAAUUAAAAACAUCACAGACAUAAAGGUCGUUAUGGAAAGGAAAAAACCCAGGAGCCCUGCAGUGACACUUCUUAUUAAAGAACCUGAAGAAAUAUCUGUGGAUAUAAUCCUUGCUUUGGAAUUAAGGAGUAGCUGGCCUCUAAAGACCACAGAAGGCCUGCCCAUCAAAGACUGGCUUGGAGGAAAAGUCAGGACUGAACUAAGACGAAAGCCAUUUUAUCUUAUUCCCAAAAAUGCGAAAGAAGGACAAAGUUUCCAAGAAGAGACAUGGCGGCUAUCUUUUUCUCACAUUGAAAAGGACAUUUUGAACAAUCAUGGAGACUCUAAAAAGUGCUGUGAAACUGAUGGAAUGAAAUGUUGCAGGAAGGACUGUUUAAAACUAAUGAAAUACCUUUUGGAGCAGCUGAAAAAAAAGUUUGAAAAACGAAAAGAAUUAUCUGAAUUCUGCUCUUACCAUGUGAAAACUGCCUUCUUUCAUUUAUGCGUCAAGUACCCAAAGGACAGUUACUGGAACCCCGAAGAUAUACACCUCUGCUUUGAUGAAUGUGUGGCAUUCUUUCUUGAGAGACUCAGGAAAGAAGAACUUCAGCAUUUUUUUAUUCCUGGAGUCAAUCUUUUCUCUCAAGAAUACAUUGACACAAAAAGUAAAAUAUUUCUUGCAAAGCAAAUUGAAUAUGAAAGAAACAAUCAAUUUCCAAUUUUUAGUGAAUUUUGAAAUUGUAUUCUAAAAAAGAUUCAAGAAUUGGAAUGACAAUAGUAAUUGAGAUUGUCAAAACAAUUGUGGACUAAAAACAAUAAUUAAUUACUCAGUUCUUAUUUUGUCAUAAUCAACCUAAUGUAAGGAAGUACAUGAGCAAAAAGGUUAACUAAGGGAUAAGAAAGAAAAGGAGUAUUUAAAAUCUAAACACUUCACUGGACCAGGCACAGUGGUACAUGUCUGUAAUCCCAGCUGCUCAAGGCUGCGGCAAAGUCAGCUUGAGGAUUGCUUGAGUCCAUGAGUUUGGGACCAUUGAGAGCUAUAUGGCAAACCCUGUGUCAAAUAAAAAGUAGAUUAUGAAAUAGGAACUUUACCAGAUUUGAAAGUGAUAAAUAUAAUAAAAUAGGUAUCCUCCCUAAUAAAAUUCAUCAGGUACUUCCUGAACACUAGUUGUCACCUAGCACAAGUAUCUGGAAGGUUGUGAGAGACAUUAUUAGAAAUGCUCACUGCUGAGGAUGCAGGUAGCUUAGCAGUGGAGCACAUGCCUAGCAUGCACAAUGCUGUGGGUUUUAUCCCCUGCACUGAAGAAUAAGAGAAAGAAGGAGAAGAAGAAAGGGGAAAUGAUGACUGCUUCCACAAAACUAGGCUUUGUUCAGCUUAUAAAUACAUUGGGAUAUAAUGCCCUGUCAUAUACACUAUGGAAAGAAAGAAAACUGAUUCUAUAUUUUUCUACAUGUUUUAGGAGAUACAAAAAUCUUGUAGGAAAAUCUAAAGUACUUUAUAACAUGGCUAAAUAUAACACAUAACUUAUUUUUAAAUUUAUUUUCAUUUUUAGUAACACUCCAUUUGUGUUUCUGGGAAGGUAAUGUAUGCAUAUAGUACCAAACUCAGAGAGACAAGUUUCUAGUAAAAUGUUGCUCUCUUUGGUAGUCAAACAGCAGUCCACCUAGAGGCAACUGAUGUUCACUUUUUCCUGUUCAUAUAUUUUGCACAUUUUCUUAUUUGCUGUGAGGUUAAACUUAAUGAUGUAAGCUCAGUUGACUUGGGAGCCACCUAUGAGAUUAGUAAAGCACAUUUUUGGGUGUGGGUGUGGGUGUGUCCUGAAAGUGUGACCUUGGGAACUUUAUAUGAUCUCUGGCCUCCUCUCUGGCACUUACCCAGCUCCGCUGGGCCAUCAUGAACUGAGCAUCUUUGUUGCUCCAUACCCUUCUACCUUGAUGUUUCUGCCUUGGAGCAAAAUGACCAUGGAGUGACUCGCCUAACACUGUGAACCAAAUUAAAUUCCUUUUCCUCUAACUUGGGAUGUCAGAUAUUUUGUCCUAGUGAUGGGGGAAGCUGACUAAUAGAGUAAAUUGGUACUGGAGAAGUGGUGUUGCUGUGACUGUCCCUUACUAGGUGGUUUGUAAGCCAUUGGAACUUGCAGGAGUUUGGAAAGAUUUGGCAAGGCUCGCUAGAGAAGCCUUAGAAUGCUGUAGGCAGAGACUGAUGGGUGAUUCUGCUUAGAGCUCGUAAGACCAGAAUGCUAAUGGGCCAGGCUCAAGAGGUUUCAGCUGGAAAUGAGGACUUUGUUGGCAGUUGGACCAAAGGACACAUAUUAUACUCUGACUAAAUUAAAUAAAACCUACAUUUUGCCCAUGCUGAGAUUUUGCAGGAGGCAGAUUAAGGGUGGAAGACAAGUUUAUCUGGCAGAAGAAAUUUCAAGGCAGCCUAGUAUUCAGACUGUGGCAUGGAAACUGCUGACUACUUUGAGCCAGGUUUAUAGCAAGAACAAGGGGCAAAAAACAGAGCACAAAAGUUUUAAAAACUUACUAUUUUGGCCCAGAAAGAGCCAAAUGUAAUGCUUGGGCCAAAGUCUGUCUGCUGAAGAGAUUAUCGCCACCGAAAGGAAUCAACUACUUUAUACAGAGACAAGAAAGAUGACUUCAGGGCAUCUCAGGAAUCAGCAAGACUUCACGCACUGCAGGCUCAAAGAUGCAAAAGUAUAAACUUUUUGUUUGAGAAGAGAAUGUCUAGCCCCUCUGCUUGAGAAGGCACUCCUGGGGAAUUGGGUCCUUGGGAUUCAUUUCACUGUGCUCAGCCAUCCAGGCAUUUGGACAUUGUUCCAGCCAAAUUUCAAGGGGGCCUACCUACUUUCUGCACUGGUAACAGAGCUUGGUAACUUCCAUUUGAUACUGGUGUUAUUGGCAUAUGGCAUGCAAGAAUUGUGGAGUCAGAGAGGCUUCAACUCAGAUUGCAAAGGAAGGCCUGGGAGGCUAGGCAAAGAGCUCCUGAGAGGACAGUGCAUGAAGCUAUGAGACUAAAAGUCCAGUGGAGACCCUGGAAGUUUGAGAUGCCAGAAAUGCAGAACAUCUGCUGAAGAAGGUUACGGACAGAAGGUGGAGCCAGCACAGGGAAAAAGCUGUGAGAGCUGCAACUGAAGCCCUCUAGAACCCACAUUUUACCACUGUGUGCUAUGGAUGCUGGACAUAAACCUGCAAGAUUUAAUGUUUUUUCUGCUGGUUUUUGGGCUGUUUUGGUUCAGUUGUUUUUUUUUUUUUUAUCCUCUUUAGUCCUCCCUUUUGGAAUAAGAAUGUUAUUGGGAUUCUGUAACUUGUUCUUGAUUUUUAUAUACAUUCAUGGCUCGGAGUUUGCCUUGACUCUUAGGAGAGACUGACUUGGGACUUUUGAAAAAUACUGGAACUUUUGAGACUGAGGGAAGAGAUUAUUGUACUUUCAUUCAUACACUGGAUAGUUGUAUCAUGUUAGGUGUAAUUAUGACCUUUUUCUUGUGUUUAGAGAUGAAGUAUGAUUUAAGAGCUGUGUUUGAGUGUCAAAUUGACAAGAAUAAAAUGUGAUAGUUAAGCUUAAUUGGGUCAAGUUGAUUGGCCUGUAAGCCCACUAUGGGAUAAAGCACACUUCUGGAUGUAUCUGGGUGGAUCAUGAUAGCAUGACCUUGGAUACUAUGUAUGGUCCCUGGCUGCUUCUCCUCCAGUACUGUUACCUGCUCUUCUUCCCAGCCGUCAUGACCUAAACAUCUUUGUCCUGCCAUGCCCUUCCACCAGAAUGUUUCUGCCUUGGAGCCAGGUGAUCAUGGACUGAAUCCCUUGAAACCAACAGCCAAAUAAGACUUCUUUUCUUUUAGUUCUGGAUGGUGGGUUUCAUGUCCCAGGGCUGAGUAAACCGAGUACGAAAGCUGGUUUACAUUUUCCUCAUUGUUUUGCAGUUCUAUGUAUGUUCUGUAAAACUGAGCCUUUGUUUGUUGCUUAUGUGACAACUUCUAUGUGAUUGUCUUUUUUGGUGCCUUUUAAUAAACUAAGUUGUAAAAUUUUAA